AAUCAUCAAAAUCAGUGCCAAAUCAACUUCAACGAAUGGACCAAUAAUAAUUCAAUUUUUAUUGUUAUUGUUGUUGUUCACUUCCUUUCAUCCAUUAUCAUUUUUUUUCAUUUUUACUCAUUAAAAUUGUUUUACAGGACAAUUGAAUAUAAUGUCUAAUAAUCGUAAUCAUUCACCAUCAUCAUCAUUAUCAAAUACAUUAACAUCGGAAUUUACAACAUCCGAAUCUGAUGAUGGUAGCAGUACUAAUAGUUGGAAUUCAAAUUCUUUGCGUCCAUUUCAACGAAAUGGUGCAUUCAAAAAGAAAGAAUAUUCAUUAGUUCUUGAUCAUCGAUUUCAUCCACGUUACUUUAAACAGCCAACAUUCUGCAGUCAUUGUCGAGAAUUUAUUUGGGGUUUUCUAAAUAAACAAGGCUAUCAAUGUGAGGUUUGCUCACUAGUUGUACAUAAACGAUGUCAUGAAUUGGUCACAUUUAAAUGUCCUGGUGCCGAUAAAGUUAUCGAUACCGAUCCACGUAAAGUACAUCAAUUUCAGUUACAUACCUAUGCGACACCAACUUUUUGUGAUCAUUGUGGUUCUAUGCUUUAUGGUCUUUAUAAACAAGGCUAUCAAUGUCGAUCAUGUUUAAUGAAUUUUCAUAAACGUUGCCGUUCAAAUGUUCCCAAUCUAUGUGGAUGUGAUGCAGUAGAAAAACGAGGCCGUAUUGAAUUGAGAAUUCAAGUGAAUACAUUCGAUGAUGACAAUAAUGAUAAUAAUGAUUUUCAUUUUGAAAACAACAACAAAAACCUUAGUGUUAAUGUUAACAAUGAUAGCAAAAUGGUCAUCUGUUGUGAUAUACGAAAAGCAAAAAAUCUUUGCAUAAUGGAUCCAAAUGGACUAUCGGAUCCAUAUGUUAAAGUAAGACUUUUAUCAAGCAAUCAACAAUCGUUAAACAAUAAUCGUUCAUCAAUGACAAAAUAUAAAACAAAAAUCAUACGUAAUACAUUGAAUCCAGAAUGGAAUGAACGUAUUUGUAUUGAGAUUGGACCACAAGAUCGUGAUAAACGACUUUUAAUCAGUGUUUGGGAUUGGGAUCGUACAUCACGUAAUGAUUUUAUUGGUUCAUUAUCAUUUGGUGUAUCGGAAUUGAUGAAACAAUCCGUAGAAGGAUGGUAUAAACUGUUGAAUCAAGAAGAAGGUGCCUAUUACAAUGAACCAUUGCCACCACCUGGAGAGAAUCUAAUCGAUUAUCUACAAAAGCUACAUAUAAAUGUACAACAAGAACAACAAAUACGGAGAGCCGUUUCUGAAAAAAAUCAUGAUGACAACAAUCGUUAUGAUACAUCAAAAGAUGCCUUAUUCCAUUCUCUUACAAGACAUAAAGAUUUCAAAUUAUAUGGUUUUGAUUCAUUUAAUAUAUUGAAAAUAUUGGGAAAAGGUAGUUUUGGAAAAGUAUUGUUAGCUGAAUCGAAAAAAUCCGAUCAAUUGUAUGCAAUCAAAGUGUUGAAAAAAGAUGUUCUUGUCAUGGCUGAUGAUAUUGAAAGUGCAAUGAUUGAAAAACGUGUACUCGCCUUGAAUGAUAAGCCGCCAUUUUUGCUUGGAUUACAUUCCUGUUUUCAGGACCGAGAACGUUUAUAUUUUGUUAUGGAAUAUGUUACCGGUGGUGAUCUUAUGUUUCAGAUACAGAAAUUCCGUAAAUUUAAAGAACCUAUUGCUUGUUUUUAUGCUGCCGAAAUUGCAAUCGGUUUAUUUUUCCUACAUGGACGUGGUAUUGUUUAUCGUGAUUUAAAAUUGGAUAAUGUUCUACUUGAUUCCGAUGGACAUAUAAAAAUUGGUGAUUUUGGUAUGUGUAAAGAAGGUAUUUUCGGUUCGAAAACAGCACAUACAUUCUGUGGUACACCGGAUUAUAUUGCUCCUGAAAUCAUUAAAAGUAUUCCUUAUUCAAAAUCUGUUGAUUGGUGGUCAUACGGUGUCCUUCUGUACGAAAUGUUAACCGGUCAGGCACCAUUCGAUGGUGAAGAUGAAGAUGAAUUAUUUCAGAAUAUUCUUGAUCAUAAUGUUUUAUAUCCAAAAUUCAUUUCCAAAGAGGCAAAAGAUUUAUGUAAAGCUUUCCUUGUGAAAGAUCCACAACAACGUCUUGGCUCCGGUAUCAAUGAUGAGAUAAAAAUCAAAGAUCAUCCAUUCUUUCGUCGUAUUGAUUGGAUUAAAAUUAAAAACAAAGAAAUACAACCACCAUAUAAACCACAUAUAACAGAUGAUCGUUUGGUGGAAAAUUUUGAUCCAAAUUUUACACAAGCAAAAUUAAGUAUGACACCUAGUGAUAAAUCAGUAAUUGCUAACCUGAAUGGCAAUGAAUUUGAAGGUUUUUCCUAUGUUAAUCCACGAUAUAUAUGAUGAUGAUCAUUUAGACAAUCCACAAUGUAUUUGGCAUUUUCGGGUAAUUGUUAUUAUGGUUAUAAUUUUCAUUUUGUUUUAUUUUUUUUUUACUUGUUGCAUAAUAAAAGUUUUUGUUUGUUUUA